GGUGUGCGUUUAUUGUGAGAACAAGCUUCCAUUCAUUAAAGCCAGCGCGAGCCAAUGGCCGGUGGUGUCCUUCCUCACCUAGCAACCGAUGCCAUAGCGACGGGCCGAGUACUGAACGCUUAUGGGUUGCUUUCGAUGUUUCUAGCUAACUUGCCAAGUCAAUAAACCAGUUUUGUUCAGACUCCGAACACUUAAUAAUGGUUAAGCAGACCAUUCAGAUUUUUGCCCGCGUAAAACCUACUAAUAAAGCUGCCUCCAUAUACUCAGUGGAUGCGGAUGAACAAGAUGGCUCCAGCCUGGAGUUCCUGGUGCCCCGUGACCUGGCCGAUGGCUUCGUCAACAACAAGAAGGAGAGCUACAGGUUCAGGUUUCAGAAGGUGUUUGAUCAGAUGUCCAAGCAGGAGGAGAUAUUUGAGUACAUCGCCAAGCCCGUCGCAGACAGCGCUCUGGCCGGGUACAAUGGCACCAUCUUCGCUUACGGACAGACGGGCAGCGGGAAGACCUUCACCAUCACCGGAGGAGCCGAGCGCUACGGCGACCGCGGCGUCAUUCCCCGCACGCUAUCCUACCUCUACCAGCAUUUCAGCCAGGACAUCAGCAAGAUGUACACCACCCAGAUUUCCUACCUGGAGAUAUAUAACGACGUGGGCUACGACCUGCUUGACCCUCGUCACGGGGCCUCAGCCCUGGAGGACCUUCCGAAAGUCACCAUCAUGGAAGACCCAGAUCAAAACAUCCACCUCAGGAACCUGUCAAUUCACCAGUCGGCCAGCGAGGAGGAGGCUUUGAACCUGCUCUUCCUCGGAGAUACCAAUCGGAUGAUUGCUGAGACCCCAAUGAACCAGGCAUCCACACGCUCCCACUGCAUCUUCACCGUCCACCUGUGCAGCCGCGAGCCUGGAUCGGCCACCCUGCGCAGCUCUAAGCUGCAUCUUGUGGACCUGGCCGGCUCGGAGCGCGUGGCGAAGACCGGUAUGGGCGGCCAGCUGCUCACCGAGGCCAAGUACAUCAACCUGUCACUGCACUACCUAGAGCAGGUGAUCAUUGCUCUGUCAGAGAAGAAUCGCGCACACAUCCCUUACCGGAACUCCAUGAUGACGUCAGUCCUGAGGGACAGCCUUGGAGGCAACUGUAUGACCACCAUGAUAGCCACAGUAUCUGUGGACAAGAGGAAUAUUGAGGAGUCCAUCUCUACGUGCCGCUUCGCCCAGCGGGUGGCGCUCAUCAAGAACGAAGCCCAGCUGAACGAGGAGCUGGACCCCGCGCUGGUGAUUGUGCGUCUGAAGAAGGAGAUCCAGCUGCUGAGGGAGGAGCUGGCUAUGGUGACUGGGGAGCAGAGGGCGGAGCAGCUCGCCGAGGACGAGAUCCAGAAGAUGGAGGGCCAGGUGAAGGCCUUCCUGGACGACCCUGACCCUAACAUCACCCUGGAUCUGGGCCCCGACAUGCGGAAGAUCCACCACUGCUUUUCCUUGCUCAAGGCGAUGGUUCGGCCGGGUCAGGCUGGGGCAGCUGGACAUUCCCGUCCUCCCUCUGUGGGGAAAUCGGAGGACGGCCCCGCCCCAGGGGAGCUGAAGAAGCUGAAGGACAUGCUCCAGCAGCGAGACAACGAGAUCAGCAUCCUGGUGAGCAUGCUCAAGAAGGAGAAGAAGAGAGCGCAGGACUUUGCCGCUCAACUGGCCCCAGUGCCUACCGCCCAUCUGCAAUACCAGAAUACCAUGAGCUCAUCUCAGGCAACACCAGAGCUGGAGGCAGGAAGGGAGCAAGACAGCGCCCAGCCGUUUGCCCCACGCCAGCGACGAGGACCCGAGCUGUCCAUGGGCAGGCAGGAGGCCUUCACAAUCUUCAGGAGGGACCACGAGGACAGCGAGACCAUCGAGGACAACAAAACUCUGCUGAAGCAAAGGUUUGCAGAAGCCAAGGCAUUGGGGGAGCAGGUGAACGGAACCAGGAGCAGAGUCAACGAGCUGAAGCGGCUGUUGGAGCAGAGGAGGAUGCAGAGGGCAGCCCAGGUGGUGAUGGGAGGCCAUGAAGUAACAGAGGAACCAGACCCCACUGAGGAGAAGCUCUGCAAACAGAUUGAGGAAGAAAAGAUAAGUUACAAGAUGACCUUCAGCCGUCUGAAAGGGCUGAAGACUGAGAUCGAGCACCUGCAGCUGCUGCUGGAGAGGGCGAAGGUCAAGCUGCAGAGGGACUUCAGCGAGUGGUGGGCCCGAGAAGAGGCCUGCUUACAGGAGCUGGAGACAAAGGACACCGCUGCAGGCCAGAGUUUAGGACAGCAUGGCCAGUGGGGGGCACCAUCCUCCACCGCGCUCCCCCCAGCAAGGAGUGUCACCCCAACUCGAUCUGCGGCCACCAGCCACAGACUGGGCAGCCAAGACCCCACACCCCUGUCCCAGCUGAGAGUUCUGGUUCCCUCCAGUGACCUGUCCUCCAUUCCUCUCACUGGGGACCAGAAGACUGAUGCUGACAUCUUGGCCUUUGUCAGAGCCAGACAGAACCUGCUGAGCCGGACCGGGUUGAGUCAGAAGUGAAAGGUUGUACACUGACACUCGCAGCUCCAUCAUGUAAUGCUCCUGGAUCCAAAGGUGGAGUCACCAAGAAACAGACGCAUGAAAUCUCCUGUCCAGGAUUGCACCCAGGAUCAUAACAACGUGCACUGACAUUAUGGGCGGUAUGCCUUGAUUUGCUGGGCAUUAGUUACACUGCCUCCUAGUGGCUGGAGGUUGAAGACUUGCCAAUCCAAGGAGUACAGCACAUCAUCCAUGGAAAUAAGGAGAAUUAUGAGAAAGGUUAUUUCACAAUCUGAACAUUUGAUAUUGUGAGUCUAAGUGUCAGUGACUUCUUCAUUAAGGUGAUAUAUUGUAUAAAAGUUGUACUUAGGCUAUAAAUGUAUGUUUGUAUAAUGCAGAUAUGUGCUAAAAGGUACAGAGGAUUAUUCUGAAGCAGGAGUGCAUCAGCUGACUGCUGAACACGAGCAUCCCUGGUCUGGCUGUGCUCUGAUACCUUCUUCCUGAGAGAGAAAAUCUUUUGCCGUAAAUGGUUUUGCUUGCUGAACGCAGAGCUGAGAGUUUGCAUUAGUCCAAGUGCAUUUGCUUGUUGAACAUGAAGUGACCCCCCCCCCCCCCUCCCCACGCACGUAAAUUUGCAAUCGGAUCACUGUCAUCCUGAGUGUUUCCCAGGAGGAUCCAAACCUUGCACAAGUGGCCACUUUUUCCAUUGAGGGAAUGAGGUGAGCCGGAGGCCUGGAUGGACUCUGACCACCUGAUCCAUCUUCUCCUCCAGAAGCCGCUCCUAUGCUUCAUGGGAGCUGCCUGCCUCAUCCAUACCUGUAGCCUUCAUUGUAUAUCAUUACAUGGAACUAACACAUACUGGGCUAACCAAGUCAUCGAUAAGGGUACAUUUUCUGGAACUUUGUUGUGUGUUUUGGUUAGUUUACAGUUGUGGUUAAGUUAUUAACAUAAGGGCUGCAGCUGAACCAAAACAUAUCUGCUCAAGAUGGCUGUUAAUCCAGAGCCCCGGAACCCUCUCCACACUCCAGAGAGAAACCUCCACCACUGAGCAAAGCCACAAAUCUUUGGCCACCCACCGAGUAUGUAAAAUCACCGCAGGAGCCCAGCCAAGGAUUUGCAUCCUUGGGUUGUUUCUGGUUUGAUCAACUUGAUCACCUGCAUCACUAGAUGUUGUCUGAUGGUGGGGGCUCUGUAGCUGGUGUCAGUGGUCAGCACGACGUGCUGUGUGUCUGCAUGAGCACACACAUCGCAUUCCCAUUUUGGAAAAGUCAGUCAGGUUCAACUUUACAUAGACGAUGUCCUUACGCACAUCGUGGUUGAUGGUAGUUGUGGCUUCAGAGUACAGAGUACAUCAUGAGAGGUCAACUCCAGGACUUAGUCAAGUAGAUUACUGUGAAGGAUGAGAAAGGUAGUUAGAACCUUGUUCAGUAGUGAGACUUCCAACUUAUUCAUUCUGCUUCUAAUGCCCAUUCCCUAAGUCUAAACGCUUGAGCAGCCAACAGUCAGGUGAAACAUUAACUAAUGUUCCACUGGCUCUGUCUGCUAGUCCACCCCCCCCCCCCCUCCCGGAGUGAGGGGUGGCCGGAGGGGGUGGGAAUGGUGUUUUUUUUUUCAUCUGAGGUUAUCAAGGGCUUUUGCUGUCGGAAGUGCAGAGUCGUCACCAAUCGGGGUGUGAUCUGCCAGGCCUUUCGUUGAACAUGCCCUGCUGAAGCUGAGAUCAGCCAUUCUGACACCAAGCCUUCUGGAAAGUCUUCAGGGAAGCUCUUAAACAGCACAAGGGAGCAUGUCAGUAUAGCUUGUUUUGUUUUUUGGCUGCUUUAUAACUGAUGGACGUUUAGCAUGUUGCUAAGUCAGCCUGUGGAGGUCCCAUCACAGAAGCAAGUCCUCCGUAAGGAGUGCGCAUCCCACCUUCCAGCCUUGAUAUCCAUGGCUCGACUACAGAUCAGGAGGGUAAAGGUCAGCUGGACAGGACUGCUCAUCCUUGGCCACUUCAUAUACCUGCUUGGGGGGGCCACGGUCUUCCAGUUCCUGGAACGGGAGGCAGAGAGCAAGAAUCGACAGCAUUUCCAGCUGGAGAAGCUCCACUUCCUGGCUAAUUACAGCUGCCUGGAUAAGCCAGCACUGGAGGAGUUCGUGAAGGUAUCCUGGAGCUUCAACAUGGACUCUUCUAGCUAACCGUUAUGCUACCAUUAUGUUUCUCUGAGAUGAACCUUUCCUGUGUUUAUGAAGUGUCCCCCUUAAAUCCUACCGAAGAAAUCAAAUUCAAUCACUUGAGGUUUAAUUUGACUAGAUUUGAUUUCUUUUGAUCGGUGAAUGUCUCUGAAUGUAUUACCAUUGAUGGAAGGACAUUGAAUCCUUUAUUCUUUUACUCACAGAAAUCUUAGGAAUCGGUUUCACCUUUGCCAACAACCAGUAACAUCUCAUACUAAGUAAAUCCGGGCAGAUCCCAGCCAUCCCUGCCUGGAGAUGAGCUGCUGGAGUUGUUGCCAUGCUUCAGCACUUGUUGGAAAUCAAUGAGGCUAAUUUGAUAAAACAGAUCAAUGGAGUUUUCCAUUCAUAGCAUUUUUAUGUUUGCUGUGCUGAUAUAACACUCGUUUUUAUGGUGCUUCCUACCUCCGUCGCUGCUUUUUGGUCGCUCUCAUUGCUCUUUCAAGUCACCAUGUCCCUCAUUAAAAAGUGUGAGGCACCCAAAGCGCAUGGAUAUAGAUUUAGAAGGGGACCAGGUAUUUAAACAGUUGUUUUUGGGUCGAUCGAAUAUUCAGUUGAGAUUAUUUUUUAUAAAUGUAUAAAUUUAAUAUACGUUUAUAUAAAAGUAUAAUUGCCCUAAAGAACAGAGAUUUCGCAAGAACUUGCAACACAAAACAGUAAAUAUCAUACAGUUGAUAAAAUUUAUAAUAAUACAUUAUAUCAGUAGAUAUAAGACUGAAAAUAUGGGCUAGCUGUGUGAUGUUCUUGUGUGGUCUCUCAUGACGGUUAG